UUGCAUUUUCAUUAACAUCCCGCUUCUAGAGCAAUUGGGAGGUCUUACAUUUCGAACGGCAUCGGUCCGUUGUCUGCGCCUCAGGAGGAAGUAGAGUUGUGCCCGGUAAAACUUUAAGGGAGAAUUUCGUCGCCCAUUUCAUGCGUCUAGUACUAAACGAAACAGACGUUCCACGCUGGGCGUUUGGGGGGAAUGAGCGAACGUUAAGAAAUAAGCGCAGAGAAAGCAUCCUGAUGCAACGGUGCGCAGUGCGUGCGUUCCUCUGCACCGUUCGAACACAGUAGCCCACUAACGAGAGCAAUAGAGUGCGUGCGUGAGGUGAGGAGAGGGGAGGCGGAGGAAGGUGGAAUCUCUCCGCUGGAUGGGCGCCUUGUGUUCAUCAGGGGUUGUCAUGGAUGAGGACGAGCAGCGAGAGCUGGAGUGGCUGCGGUGGGAGCUUCAGGAGGUCGGAGAGGACGGACAACCAAUAGCAGAAGAGGAGCAGCAACAACACGAGCCAAGCUACCACAACAGCACAGCCAACAACACUGGCUACCCACAGCACUUUCUCCAUCCCCCUCUGCCCCCGUCAGCACACCAGCAGCCUGCGUUCCCUCCGUUCCUGUCGCCUCACACGGCGCCGUGCUCAGCUCCAGGCGGUGAGAAUGGUACCUUUCCCAUGUACUGCGCCCGCGACGUGCCAGGAGUGCCCAUCGCUGCUCCUGUAGCUGCUCACGGCUUCAUCCCACCUCUGUCCAACCCCUUCGACCGUCGCGGAACAGAGGAGCGUGCGGAGCCCCCUGCCAAGCAGCGACGUCAGGCAAGCCGCGUUGCCGCGCUUCCACCCCUGAGGACCUUGGCUGAUCACUCACCCAUUGGCGGCACGGACACCACCGAGUCUGCGGCCUCGUCAUCGGCAGCGGUGGUGGGCGGGGCUUCUCAGGGGCCUCGCUUCUUCUCAGCGCAGCUGAGCACCACCCAGACGACCGAGCAGAUCCCCUAUGUCGCUGUUCAGCCAUCGGGUUUCUCUCUGUCGGCGAUGCCCGCCGGGAGUGCAGUUGGCGCUGAGUCCGCAGCGGGCGUAUCUGUCGCGAUGGGAGAUGGGGAGGGCGGGAUGGGCGUAGGGGGCCGCGGGGGGACAUCGGGCAAGAGGAAGCGCGAAUCCCCUGUUCCAUCCCCUGUUCCAUCUCUGCGCCUGCCGGAGUUGCGCGGACCAGAAGCAUCGUCGACGGGCUCGGGGGCGGGCGGCGUUCAUCAAGCGAUGACGGUGAGCGCGGUCUCGUUUCCCCGGAGGCCUGCGUUUCCCCGGUCGACUGCUCCGAUUGGCUCGGGCUCUGGUUUGAUCCUGCCGCCAUACUCCGACUCGAAAAGCCUGAUUCGUCUGCGGCCCGACCGCAUUUCGCAGCCCCAGGGGGUUUCUGACGGCACGCGGGGAGGGCCGAGUGGACAGGGAGGGUCCGCGGCCCAGGAGAGAGGCCAGCCCUCAACAACACCCGGUGCGUCCAACCCGUUGUCCAACUUGUCCCACCCCCCCACGCCACCGCAGCCCCCUUCUGUGCCGUCGAGUCCGCCCGUGGCCAUCGACAUCGACGUGACAGAGAGCGGAGGCGGGCACUGGCUGUAGAUUAGCGACCGCAGGGGUGGCUGGCUUGCACGUGUCUGUUUGUUUGUCCUUCGGGAGGAUGCAUGUAUGUGUACGGGUGGUGGAAGGGUAUUUAUGAUAUGUAUGCUCGGGUGCAUUUUCUAUUGACGAAUAGACGCACACCGUGCCCAUCAGUGACUGAAAUGGAUGCUCUGUACGGCUGGGGUGUUUUUCGAAUGAGUGACUCUACCUACUGAGUGUUUGUUGUUUGCAUCUGCAUGUUUGUGUUGGACCAAGCUUGGCUACGGCUGUGGCAAAGACGUGACGUACAUCUUAUUCAAAAGGAGCACAGUCAUCA